AUGUUGUUUGUUAUAAAGAUAUUUGAUACUGUAAAGUUAAGUUUGUAUGAAUCAAGACAGUGUUAUCAACAAUUUAUAAGACUCAACAGUUCCAAUACGGUCAUGAAAGUUCUCAAUGUUGCGGAAAAGAACGAUGCCGCGAAAAAUAUCGCGAACUAUUUGUCUCGUGGCACUUGUAAUCGGAGAGAAGGAUUGUCAAAAUAUAAUAAAAUUUAUGAAUUUACUUCGCAUCUAUGGAAUCAAAACUGCGAAAUGAUCAUGACUUCUGUAUCAGGUCAUUUGCUAAAUUAUGAAUUUACUGAAGCAUAUCGUAAAUGGCAUGGUUGUCAUCCAUUAACUUUGUUCGAUGCACCCGUGGUAAAGAAAUGUUCAGAAGAGAAUUUUAUUAAGAUUAAGAAGACUUUGGAAAAGGAAAUAAAAAAAUGCAGUGCAUUGAUUAUUUGGACAGAUUGUGAUCGCGAAGGAGAGAAUAUAGGUUUUGAAAUUAUUGAAGUCUGUCGUGCAAUCAAGCCAAAUAUUCGUAUAUGCAGGGCAAAAUUUUCUGAAAUUACGCAAGUAUCUAUAAACAGAGCUCUUCAAAAUCUAUCUGAACCAGACAAAGCAAUCAGUGAUGCUGUAGAUGUAAGAAGUGAAUUAGAUUUAAGAAUAGGUGCUGCAUUUACAAGAUUUCAAACAAUGAGACUCAGACAAAUAUUUCCCAGGAGUCUGGCUGAUAUGUUGAUUAGUUAUGGUAGUUGUCAGUUUCCUACAUUAGGAUUUGUAGUUGAAAGAUUUUUAGCCAUUGAAAGAUUUAAGCCAGAACCAUAUUGGAAAUUAAAAGUGAUGGACAUUCGUGAUGACAUUUCUGUGGAAUUUAGAUGGGCAAGAGGAAGAUUAUUUGAAAAAUUGCCUUGUGAAGUAUUUUUAAAUAUAUGUUUGGAGCAACCCAAGGCUACCGUUGUAAAAGUAUUAAGUAAACCUAAGAGCAAGUGGAGACCACUACCACUUGAUACAGUUGAUUUAGAAAAACAAGGAUCUCGUAAACUUCAUUUAAGUGCAAAGGAAACUAUGAAGAUUGCAGAAAAAUUAUAUACUCAGGGUUUGAUUAGUUAUCCGCGUACAGAAACAAAUAUAUUUCCAAAAGAAUUGAAUUUAGUUCCAUUAGUGAAUGAACAAAUAAAUAAUCCAGCAUGGGGCCAUUUUGCACAACAGUUGUUAGAAAAGGGACCAAAUCCUAGACAAGGAAAGAAAAGUGAUCAAGCACAUCCUCCAAUACAUCCAACGAAAUAUACUGAUAAUCUAAAUGGCAAUGAAGCUAAAGUUUAUGAAUUUGUGGUUCGACAUUUUUUGGCUUGUCUAUCGAGUGAUGCUGUAGGUCAAGAAACAACGGUAGAAAUCGACAUAGCUGGAGAAAAAUUUGGUGCUAAUGGCCUACAAAUUAUUGAAAAGAAUUAUUUAAAUGUAUACAUUUAUGAAAAAUGGAGUAACAAAGAAAUUCAUAUAUAUCAAGAAGGUCAAGUUUUUCAGCCUACCAGUAUAGAUAUGGUACAGGAGGAAACAUGUCCUCCACGAUUGUUGACUGAAGCUGAUUUGAUCAGUUUAAUGGAUAAGUAUGGAAUUGGUACCGAUGCUACUCAUGCAGAGCAUAUAGAUAAAAUAAAAUCGCGUCAAUAUGUUGGUUUGACGGAUGGGAAGUAUUUAAUACCUGGAAAACUUGGAAUUGGAUUAGUAAUGGGUUAUGAUAAUAUGGGAUUUGAAAUGUCGAAACCAAACUUAAGAGCUAAUUUAGAAAAAGAUCUUCAAUUGAUAUGUGAUCGGCAAAAGAAUCCAAAAGAUGUUUUGGAAACUCAGAUAAAAAACUAUCGUGAUUUAUUUAAAAUAACGUUGGAACGUGCCAAUUUAAUCGAUAAUGCUUUAGCCAAUUAUCUCGAUGAACAACCGAGUGAAGCACAAGAGCUACAAAUUACCCAAGAAACUGUUAUUUUUAAGUGUCCAAAAUGUGGUUCGGAUAUGACUCUUAAAGAUAGAAAGCAAAGCACUGGAAAGUAUAUUGGUUGUAUGAAUUAUCCAACAUGUAAUAACGUAAUUUGGUUCCCUCAGACGGUAGAAUGUGUUGAAGUUUCGGAUCAAAUUUGUUCAGAAUGCCCAGGAAAUAUUCGUAAAUUAAAAUUUAAAUUUUUGAGAAAUGCUUUUCCUAUUUAUGGUACUGAUUAUACAACCUGCAUAGGUGGUUGUGAUUCUAUGUUUAAUGAAGCAUUAAGUAUAAAGAAUGAAAAUAUUAAAAGUUUAACUCCGGCAAAUGACUCUGGUUACCGUAGUAUGUUUGAUGGAGUUAUUGUUUCAAAUUCAUCUUCAAUAAGGAGCAGUGGAACUCAUCCAUUUUCAAAUACUGAAAAUAAGAAGAAUUUAAGCAACGCAUCGAUAGGGUUUGUUCGAAAUCAGAACAAUAAUCGUAAUAGAAAAGAAUCAAGAAAUAUUCAACAACAAAAUAUUUCAAAGACUAAUACAUGGCAUAAUAACAAUAUCAAUACCUCAAAUGAUGAUUUAAGACUGUCUGGAAAUGAACAAACUAAAAUAUGGGGUAACAUUGAUGACAAUGCCAUUAUUAUGUGUAAAUGUCAUGAAAAUGCGAUUCAAUUAACAGUAAGGAAAGAAGGACCAAAUCAUGGAAGGUUAUUUUAUAAAUGUGCGAAACCUCAAGGUAGUAAUUGUGAUUUUUUUUCUUGGGCACCAGAUAGCGCACAACAAAUGCAAAACAAUGUAAAUAGAAAUUCAAACCAGAUGUUAAAUGCCAGUACAAGUACUGGAUUAAGUGCUCAUGAUAACAGUUAUCGUGGUGUAUCUAUGUCAUCAAAUAAUGAUGUUAAAUGUCAUUGUAAUCAAAUUGCCGUACGACGGAUUGUACAAAAAGAUGGUCCAAACAAAGGACGCCCUUUUUUGUCAUGUCCUAAGAGUAUGAGUGAAUCUUGCAAAUUCUUUCAAUGGGCAGAAAAUGAUGGAAAUACAUAUAAUGUAUCUGAGAAAAGAGGUACAAAAUCAUUUAAAGAAGGAGAAAAUGAGCUACAAGAAAAUUUGAGAAAGAAACGCCGAGUUACUACUGGUAAAAAAAAAUGUGGAAUCUGCAGAAUUGAAGGUUUGUAUUUUAUUGCAUAUAAUCUUUUGAUAUGGAAUGUAUUACUCACGUUGAGGCAUAUGAUUUUAUUCUUAGGACAUACAAAGAAAACUUGUCCCGAGAAUGCAAUGGACUGA